AUGUCUUCAGCCAGAGUUUAUCAUGGAGACUCUUCAGAGGAUAAUUUCGAUUCAAAACAAAAACACCAAUCCCAGCAUCGUUUUUUUACUCGCCAAGCUCCUCGUCUUGAUCGGAAACCAAGUAUAAUAGUUAAUGUGACUGAAAAUCCAGCGUUCUGUACACAAUUUUUAACGGCGUUCUCGGUCUUCUUAUUGAUAACAUCAUUACCAUUUUCAUUAUUUUUUUGUAUAAAGGUUGUUCAAGAAUAUGAAAGAGCUGUCAUUUUUAGAUUGGGUCGUUUGGUUUCUGGUGGAGCUAGAGGACCAGGAAUAUUUUUCAUAAUUCCUUGUAUCGAUACUUAUUCAAAAGUUGAUUUACGUACAGUUUCAUUUGAUGUUCCACCCCAAGAAAUUUUGUCAAAGGAUUCAGUUACGGUUGCUGUUGACGCAGUCGUCUACUUUCGUAUAAGCAAUGCUAUUGCCUCAGUCUCUAAUGUUGAAGAUUACGCUCGAUCAACUCGAUUAUUAGCAGCCACUACAUUGAGAAAUGUUCUUGGGACCAAAAAUUUGUCUGAAAUUUUGUCUGAACGGGAAUCAAUAAGCCAUAUGAUACAAUCAAGUUUAGAUGAAGCCACAGACUCUUGGGGCGUUAAAGUGGAAAGAGUUGAAGUGAAAGAUGCUCGAUUGCCGUUUCAAUUACAAAGAGCUAUGGCUGCUGAAGCAGAGGCCACUAGGGAAGCCAGAGCAAAGGUGAUUGCUGCUGAGGGUGAACAACGGGCUUCCCGAGCAUUAAAAGAAGCCGCUGAAGUUAUUAUGGCAUCACCUGCGGCUCUACAAUUAAGAUACUUACAAACGUUGAGUUCAAUAGCGGCUGAAAAAAAUUCAACAAUAGUUUUUCCAGUUCCAAUGGAGUUAUUCAGAGGAUUUACUGUUGGUUCUGUUACAAAUGAAAUAUAAUAUAAAUAAAAAUCUAAAUGGCUUUGCCAAUUUGUUAAUCGUUGAAUAAAUUGAAAUAAAAUAAACACAUUGAAACUCUUAAA